AUGAUCAUUGCCGCCAUUGAUACUCUCGACCUGACCUACGCAACGCAUGAUGCGUCGUAUACGACAACAAUACCACUAGAUGCAAUUGACGCAGACUGUAUCUUCGUUGGUGAGGUGGCCGUGUCGCAGAGCCAAGUCAUGGAAGAUAUGGACAUAAUCCAGCAAAUGAUGGAAGCUAUCUCUGGCCUUGACUGA